UAUUCGCGAAAAUGCAAUACGUUAUCUUGCACACGGCGGUCGCGAGAAACAACCAAAAGUUGGAAGUACGUAGUUGAUGUCGAUCAGCGUGUUAGAAGUAAUUGAAAAAUGAUUCGGAAGACACGUGGCACUCAAUCGGAACACCAGACCGGAUAUAAUGUUGUAUUCGUGUACACGCCUCGGUGAAUCUCCUCCUGACGAAGUCGAAAUCAUUCAUUUUUUACUCAAAAUUAUACAAAACGCCCGCUAAGUUUUUCGAUUUUUGUAUAUUUUUCAAAUUCCACCUUUGAAUUCCGACACGCGAAGGAAACUCGGCACCCUUGAACUUAGAGAAUCUUCGCCAGGCAUGCCAUCAUCUCGUUUCCCGUUACUUCCGUCGCUAUUUUAUCGAAUGAGAGGAAAGAAACGAGACUGCGAUAAAACAGCCGAUUUCUCGAGAUAGCUUUUAUCUCGCGAUACAACUACCAAAGGAUUCUCUCGUGGGUAUCGCUACGGGGGCAGCGGCGAAUACCGGCGCCGUAAAGUCCGCAUCCGAGCUGGAUAUUGUCGACGACCUUCGCGAAGCUUCCGUAAUUACCUAAAAAGCACAUUUCAGGGGUUCAAGGUUCUCGCGUGAGUAAAACGUGGAGUGGAAUCGAUUCCCUUGAUUCUAAGGUGUGGAAUUUCUUCAGGGUCAAAUUAGCUAACCGAAGAAGGAUCGCGGAACGACUUCGGCCAUUGAUUGUUAAAGUGCUGAUGAGUGGCGCGCGAGACGAAAAAGACUGGAAAAAAUUUUCAUCCUGGUGAACGAGAAAAUUUACCAUCAAAUUAAUUUUGCGCCGAUACCGAACUAAGCGAUGAAAAUUUCGACACGGGAUUUCGAUGAUUCUUCUCACAGGGUUGCCGAAUUAUUUAUGAAUGGAUGGAGGUGCGCCGGAGAAUUUCGAAGGAGGACGAUGGUGGACCACGACGGUGCUCUGGACGGUCGUCCUGUUCGGGUCUUUCCUCCUCAACGCGACCCUUCUGUUCGCCUUUCUCAGGCGACCGGGUCUCCGCACGAUAUCCAACCGAUUCGUGAUGAACUUGGUCGCCUCGAACUUGUUGACCUGCGUGAUCCUGACGCCUCUACUGAUGCUGGAUGCUCCGCCGGCUUCCUACAAUCUCGGUCUCUGCGUGAUCUCGGAGGGUGCGAGCGCCAUGGCGAUGGCCUCCUCCGUGCUCUCGGUUCUCCUGAUCGCCAUAGAUCAGUACUUCGCAGUAGUCGAUCCUCUCCGUUAUCGCACGAGAAUCGACAAGUUGAAAUGCGGCGUACUCAUCAUAUCCGUUUGGCUGGUCUCCGUUUUCGUGGCUCUCAUCGCCGCCUUCAAUCCCCAUCCGCGGAGCCUUUGGCUUUCUUGUAGCGACGGUCUUUCGAUCGGAGACUACAAACUGUCGGAAAAUAUGAGCCUGAUCAACGCUACCUUCGAUUUCACCGUCGAUUCCACGAUCCUCUUCGACAACACUUCCGACGACUACAACGUGGAGGGCGAAUUCAAGGUCACCGAGAGUAACGGGAGCUCGACGAUCGAGAAGACUCUGGAGUUCGCCGAAAACUCCACGUUGUUCCUGGGCGGAACAUUUGUGGAGAGUUUCCAGGAGGCGAACAUCACCCUGCCCUCGGAGAGCUUGCUCGGUUACCUGACCUACGGGUUGGCUUACGCAGUUUUUUACAGUCUUUUUAUUUACCUGAUUCCGUUCGUCGCCGUCUGUUGGAUAUACGUCAGUAUCUAUCUGGCGGCGCAUAAGAAUUCGGAACGCGCGAGGCGUACCGGAUCCGGACCGAUGCUCUCGUCGUCGAGCUUCUGCGAGGAUUACGGCACCGGGAGAGAAGAUUUGUCGAACGACGAUUUUCGCAGGAUACCGAAGAUCUCGAGUCUGUCGUCGAUCGACGAAAGCACGGAGACGAGCACUAGUCAAAUACCGCGAAGAAGGUCCGAAAUGAUGCUCUGUACCUCGGCGAUCGAGGAGGAGCCUUCUACCGGAGUAGUUUUUACCGUAGGUUCCCAAAAAGUCAACGUGUCACCGCAGAAACCAGUGAGAAGCGACGCUACCAAAGAGAGUAAAGUUCCUAUUUCCGCCCUGAAGGCCGAAUUUUUCGGGAAGCAAGAGGAGGCCAAGCUUCUGGACGACAAUAUACGUAGCAGGUUCAGCGACCGGCCGGACAUCAGGCGGAAAUCGUCCCACGAUAUCCUUUGCGAAGAAAUGCUGAGGAAGGACCUCGAACGCUUGAGGAUACCGGAGGACUCGAGCGGCGCGAGUAGCGCCGACGAGGACGACCCCGAGGAAGAGGAGAUGCUGACCUUCACUAAGAGCCGGAGACUCGAAGACAUCGAGGUGUCCAAGUGCCAGAACUCCAUCGAAGACCGGGAGGACUACCACCAGAUUCCCUUGCUCGGAAACAGCGUACUCUCCGUUCCCGCCGAUCACCGGGGAGAGUUCAGGAAUUUCGGCGACUUGCGAGUGGCCGUAGACGCCGAUUCGGCUGAACCUGAGAAUCAGGUCGUCCCGACGCACCGGCCGCCUCAAUUAACCGCAUCCUCGAAAUCGUCGAAAAUAGUACAAAGUAGUAAUAGGUCCGGGGUAAUCGGCGGUAUCUUGUCACGCGCCGCGGUCGAGAACCACAACGCAAAGUCGAGGUCUCAGAACGGCUUCCACCACGGCGUCAAUCGGUCGGCCAUGAACGGGCGAUAUGCGAACGGCAUUUACAACCGAAACGAGUCGGCGCUCGAUCACGUCGAAGAUAUCUUCCUGAAAAAUACGUCGGGGCAAAAUUUCGUAGAGUCCGAGUCCCUGGGUUUCGGUCAUGCUAACAACGCGGGGGUAGCGCCGGUUGUGACUAUAACGCCGCCGAACAAGAUCCCCCUUCAUCGCGUCUCGAGUAUAAAAAGCACUUCGAGUUACAUAAACUCGCUGAAGUAUCGAAUCAGCAACGCGUCGCUCUUCAAGUACAGGGAGGAAACGCGAGCGGCUAGGAUCAGCGCACUGGUCAUAGUCAUGGGGCUGAUAUGCUGGACACCGUACACCGCGGUCCUGAUCCUCAGGAACCUGCCGAUAGUUUCAACGUCGGGGGACAACAAUCUUCCCCACAAUUACGACGUGGCCGCUCUGAGCUUUCUGAUCCUAGCCGCGUACGUCAGUCCGCUUUUGUUCGGCUACAGAUCGAGGAGGGUGAAAAAAGAGUUGAGAAGGAUCUUCUGUUUCAAGAAAACUCUCUCCUAUAGAAACAACAGGAGUCUGAUGGCUAAGAAGGUUCUCAAGAGGCGACACAGCAGCAAUCUCAGCCAGUUGGAAAUGGAGGCCAAGUACAACAUAUUCAGCUGCGUGUACGGUAGAAACCGGUGGCCCAAAGAAAAAGUCCAGUUCAUGCAGGUUCCGGAGACAGCAUUGACCGUCGAGACGUGCAGAAGUAGCUUCUCCAGCGGCGCUAGUACUCAAAUAUCAACGACGUCUACGGAGGAAUGCUGAGAUCGUAAGAGGCGAUCAAAACUUGAUCCGAAGUCGACCGAAUCUGGGGACACGAGGCGCUGAUUUAGUUUAUCGUCACAAGCGUUGCGUCGCGUGGGUUUUUCACCAAACUGCGGUGUGCGAUAGACGAAGAUGUAGAGCAGGUGUUGAGCGUGGACUCGGAAAGUUUUCUUCGCUGUUAUAAAUAGGAAAAACAAAAAUAUGAAAAAAAUAAAAACAAGGAUGUCAAAAAAAAAAUAAAACAAAAUAAAAUGUAGCUAUUUUGCGUGAGAAGUUAGAAUGGAUUUGUAGUGUGGAUGAUGUUUGAACUAUUUUUCGAUGUUUCGCUUCGUCCGGUACGGGUGAUUUCGGAUGAGAAGCGCUUGUCAGAUGAAUAUCAUGUGCAUGUAUCGUACGUGCAUUAUUUUGUAAAUAUGUACAGCAUUUCAUGACACAUUUAUCCAAGUAAAAAAACUCUUGUAUAAUUUUCCGAUUAUUUUGUACAUUACAAAUGGUUCCGUUUAUUUAUAUUAAAUAACUUAUGUACAUAAAACGACACGAUGACUAAUAUUUCUUAAUUAGGUAUAUUUACAAACGUAUGAAUUAGGGCCACAUUUUAUUAUACUGUAUGAUAUUACAUUAUUCAUAUAUUUUGUACUCAUUGCCUUCAUCAGCUGAGAAGCGAGGGCGGAUCUUUUAACUUGUGAUAACUGAAAAUCUACCAAUCCUCAGUCCUAAUAUUAAAUUAUCAAGCUAUGCGAUUUAAUUAAUAAAUCAUUUUUCAAACACCA